AUGCAAGACUUAUGGAAGCUGGACAUAGGAUGGGAUGAGCAGCUGCCAACCAACGUAACUAAGCGCUGGCUUAAUUACGUUGAUGAUCUCCCGCGACUAACGGCAAUCAAGAUAGAUAGACAUAUGCUGCUACCAGAACAGACCGAAUGUGAAUUGAUCGCCUUUUGCGGUGCAAGCUCUCGCGGUUAUGCUAGUUGUGUGUAUGUGAUCAGUCGUAACGAUAGAGGUCAAACUAAAGUACGCCUGGUGACAGCCAAAUCUAAAGUAGCCCCUGUCAAACCAUUAGGUUGGAAUUAA